UAACAACUUUGACAUAAGCAAAGAGGUUAUUGCUACGCAAGAGUUAGGGAAAUUUGAAUGUCGUAAUUUCACAUCGAAUUUAGCGAUAUGGGGUUGAGUGGGCGUCAAAUAUCCAUGCAUUCGAUUUAAAACGUUUUUUGAAGUUUCAAACAGUUACAAAAUGUUACACGAGGUGUUAAUGGCACUUGCUGGUUAUCCAAGCUCGGUGUUUACAGAAGUAGGCGGAAAGGCUGUGGAAUUUAUGUCAUUCAUCCAUCCUGGGGAACGAGCCCUUUUGAACAGAGUAAUGAUUAUUGCAAUUGACUACAUGGCAUUAAGGGAUUUUCUACGAUUUUAUAAGUGUGUGCCAAGUCCAGUGAAGAAGGAAUCUUCAUCUGGUGGAAUGUAUCUUCGUGCCUUUUGCAAUGCUUUGGAUGAAGUGCUGGAACCGUAUGAGAAGGAGUUAAGUGAACUUGAAAUAUCAGCUCUCAAAGAUCCUUACUUGCCUUUAACAUUUGUGGUUAGUAGGGCAGAGAAGUACUCAGGGCUUUUCAGAGUUCUGAAAGACAUGAUCUCUCAGAUAAAAGAACAGAACAUCUAUGGGUGCAGUCUCCUGGGUUUUGUGCACAGAUACUUGUUAACUGGAGUGAAUGAUGUGAAAUCUGCAAUGAAAUGCAUCCUACAUAACUGUCACAAAGUAUUCUUCAAGCAACUAUCCAGCUGGUUAUUGUGUGGUGUUCUAGAAUGUGGUGAUGAAUUUCUCAUAAAGCAGCAAAAGAAAGAAGAUACUGCUCCAUCACAGUCCUCGCUGGGAACUGAAACCUUUGUGUCGAGGAAUGAGAGUCUGGUUAAUUAUCCCACAUAUAAUGACUAUUUUAUUGACUUCAGUGUUGUGCCUCCGUAUAUCUCAAUAUCAUCUGCAUACAAAAUUUUGUUCAUUGGACAAACAAUUCUUAUGUUCAGAAGUGAUCCUCGAGAAAAGAGAGUUAAGAAACACAAGAGUGUUGCCACCAUUUGGGGUGACAGGGAAAAUGAGUUUUGUUUGAAGUUGAAAGAACUGCAGGCGAUGGAUACCUUCAAUGUCUCACAGUUUGAAAAUACGAUUGAGGAAAUUCGGCUUUGUGUUACCGAGCAUCUUUGGGAGCUGGCUGUAGAAGAUAUGAAACUUUUUUUACAACUGAAGUUAAUAAAGGACUUCUUUUUGCUUGGUCGAGGAGAACUUUUUGCCGAAUUCAUGCACCAAGCAGAAAGUAUCUUAGAUAAGGUCCCAUCCAGAACUUCAAAGAGAGAUGUAAACCGAGCAUUCCAAGUUGCUGCACAGAAAGUUCUAAUGACUGAUGAGGCAGCUCUUGACAAAUUUUAUUUUUUCCUUCCGGGAAGAGCCGAAGGAGUUGAAAUAAAAGGAAAUGGAUGGGAAUUAUUAAGCUUGAAAUAUAAAGUAGAUUGGCCAUUGCAUUUAAUGUUUACUGAUGAAGUGCUCAGGAACUAUGAUCGCCUUUUUAGCUUUCUGCUGCAUGUUAAGAAAACACAAUAUGAUCUUCAUCACAUCUGGAAUGAUCAUAUGAGCAUAAAAAAUAUGAAUUAUAAAUCCAAGACGGCUCUGUGGCAGCUACGCAACAAUCUGAUGUUUGUAGUAGAUAACCUGCAAUAUUAUCUCCAAGUGGAUGUACUUGAAAGCCAGUAUACAAUCCUUCAGACAGCUAUAAGCUCAACUAAGGAUUUUGAACAGAUUCAGAAAGCACAUACAAUUUUUCAGGCAAAUAUUUUGAGUCAGACAUUUCUUUUGAUGAGCCCAGUGGAUGAUAAUACUCAAAGUGUUAGCUAUCGGACCAGGGGCUUUGAAGACAAUCCUGUUCACAAGACUAUUUCUACACUUCUUGAUCUUAGUAAGUCAUUUUGUGCUGAGCAGCAGAACAACCCCUUUGAUGAAACAAAUAUCUCAAAGAUGCAACAGGAAUUUCAUCACUCGAUGUCAGUCUUGUUGCAGCUGUUCUCCACAUUGAGGUCUCAUCCUUGUGGUGCUCAUUUAGCCCAAUUACGACUACGGCUUGACUUUAAUUUUUGGUUUAGCCAGUAUGCCAAACCAUCCACAUUAAAUGGAAGCUUUUAGUACAUAAAACUGAAAGGACUUUCUGUGUUGAUACUCCUGUAAUUCGGUUAAUUACGUAGCCUGAGUCAGUAUGUUAUGGUAAACAAUCUUGUCUGUAGUGGAGCCCACACUGUAUGGAUUUAUUUUCUAAGACAUAAACUUAAUUAUUGUAAAUGUGAAAGGUAGAUGAUUGUUGAUGUUUACUAUUUGGAAUACAAAAAUCUUUCCUACCUAAGCUAUAGAUUAAAUUUUGUUGUUGUGUUA